AUUUGACACAAUUUUUAGUGAUUCGCAGCAGGACGAACGUGUUGUUUUUUUUUUUGCAAUUAAUCUUGAAUUUUUUAUUUGACAGUGUCUAGUGAUUUACUCUUGUGUCCCAUAACAGGCGCACUAUGAGCUCGCCAGACGACGGCUUGGAAGAAGGCAGCAAUAACUUUCGUUUAAUGAAGCGCUCGGGGGCAUCACCGAGCGGCAGAACAUCGAGCGAUGAUUCUGUACCCGGCAACGACAGCUCUAAUCAUUCGGCUGAUAUGGAAAAGUCCACUGAGGAAAUCAACGGCUAUGAGCCGCACAACAGUCAAAUCGAAGCGCAAAACUCAGUUGAAAUAGAAUCUGACAUCUCACAGCAGACGGUGCAGCUGGAUACCGAGCAGAGUGCUAAUGCUGAGAGCGCAAGCGCUCGCAAGGCCAAAAAACGUAAAGCCAAGAGAAACAAACAGCGACGCGGCUCGAAGGAGGUAGCUUUGAUGGGUUGGAGCGGUGCCUUUCCCAAUCUCUCAUCUACGCACAGCUUAGAAAGUAAUUCGGAUGUGGACCAGCAGCAGCUGCCCACUGACCUAAAGGCAAUCUGUGCCACUGGGCUGAGCGUGUUUCCCAGAGAGGACAAGGAGCAGGGGCCGCCGCUGUCAUCAUCGUCGUCUUCUGAUUCUACUUCCCUCUCACCAGUUUCCCAACAUAAAACGCCUGCAACAACGACAACAGCAGCUUUCACAAUUACUACAAAUUCGACUACCCCAAGUCCAAAGUCUACGCAGACAACCAACAACAACAACGUCAACAACAACGACAACAAUUCAGCGUCAAUGUCACUUGCUACACGUUGUCCACGUUCAGAACCAUCAUCAGAGCCAGAAUCAGAAACAGAAUCACAAGCUGAUCUAGCCAAGCAGAAGCCCAAGCGUCCAAAGAAAAGAUCGUUCGGUGCAGCUGCUGACGUUGAUCCCGUUGCAGGCAUGGUUGCUGGUGAGGAGUCGAAUGCCUCUUCUAGCUCUUUACUAAACAAAAGCGGGCGGAAACGAGUCCUCUCCAAGAGAGGCACACCUGACAAACAAGAAAAUGAGUCAAAACGCACCAAACCUUCUAAUCAGAAUUUGGGCUGCAGCUUACGCACUCGCUCCAAGUCUUUGCACGAUCCGAAUCCGGAUGUGCCGCCACGUACAACACGUGCACGUAGCGUCUGUCCCGCCACCUUGCGUAAUCAAACGAGCGACCCGAUCGCACAGGUCCCAGCCAGUAGUGAAACAAAGACGCCGGCUCGUCGUCGUUCGGGCGCUGCAGUCAAACUGCCUCCAACUGAUGAAUACUAUUGCUUGCCGUUUAAGUACGGCUGGAAACGUGAGCUGGUGCUGCGCAGUAACGCAUCCAUGUCGCGUCAACGAGGCGACGUCAUAUUUAUAUCGCCGGGAGGGAAGAAGCUACGCUCUCGCGAAGAUAUAAUUCCUCUGCUGAAGGGCGAGUUGACCAUCGAUCAUUUCUGCUUUCAACGGCAGAUGCAGCAAGCCGGUGAACAAUACGAGACCGUGCGUCAGGCACAGCCUGCUCCGUUGCGUCGUAAAUCAGGAACUGGAACCAAGCAACAGACGACAACCAACAGCAAUAGCCAUCAACUUCAAUCAGCGGUUACACCCGUGUCUGGCAAACGUGUGCCUAAGCCUAAGGUUCCAAAGGGCGCCAGUCCACCUCCAGAGGGUUGGACUUCGACAAUGGCCGUGAAGGGCAAUGCGCGUGUGUUGGCUGCUAGCAAUUGCAACAAUAGCUCAGGCGGCGGCUCUGGAUCUGGGAACAGCGCACGCAAACGAAGCAAUCAUUCAAAACAAUCAGCUAAGACAGCGCCAGAGCAGCCAGCUGUGCAGGCAAACGUCCAGAACCCGUCAGUUGUAGACAAGAUGAUGAUCUGUGUAUAUUGCUUAAAGCAGAUCAAUGAGAAACAGGCUUUUCCUGUCGGUACAGCCCAUGUCAACAGCUAUAUCUGUAUGCAAUGCGUUAAGCCAGGCACCAAAGCAACCAACUUGCAGCAGGGAGCCAAAGGAUUACCAGCGGGACAAGCACAGGGACAGGCCAAUGGUGUCAAGAAGCAAGAACUCAUUGAUGAGAAUGUAAACGCAAAUACCAAAUCUGCCACAGAUGCCGAUGGAGGCAAGACUUCGUCGUCUGAGCUAAACGUCAAUGGCAAUAGUAAUAGCAAUGGCAAUGGAGCCUUGCUUGAAAUCGGCGGAGAAAUUGAACUGCCGGGCGCACUGCCACCCGACCAGUUGCUCAGUGAUGAAGCUCCUGCAAGUCGUGCCGGUAACAAGAUCACGCCCAAACCACUGGAAGUCGUUGUGAUUAACGGUCGCAAAGCUCUGGCCAUUGCUGGCGAGCCGCCGCGCCCUCGUUUACAAGUCAUACCACGAGAACCGGAUUUGGAAAUUUAUGAAAAACAUUUUCUCAAGCGUAACUCCAGGACCAAAGAGAAGCGCCAAAAUUUCGUUGAAUGUGUUUCAGCUGGCAACUUAAGCUGUCAGGUGAUGUCAGCCGUUAUGAAGACACUGGAUAUGCACGAUCGUGUCCGCAUGUCACAUGUGUGCAAGACCUGGGCUAUGAUUGCCCGCGAUCGUGGGGUGUGGCGAACAUUGAAGCUGCGCGACACGCACAUAACCAAAUGGUUGUUCCUUUUGCGUGAUAUGGCGCGUUAUCGCACCUACGAAUUGGAUAUGAUGGGCGUUAAAAUGGAGAAUCCCAAAAUGCGCAUGGAGGGUGAUAUGCGUGUGCUAAAGGCGCUGCGCAUUCUGCGCACUGAUCCAUGUGAGGCAGAGUUCAUUCAGUCGGUUAUUAAGCGCAUACCACGUCUGCAGGAGCUGCGCACAACAUGCACCACUCGUGUACUCAGCUUGACUAAUAUAGAGAAGAUGGUGGAAUUACGUGUGUUGCGCAUACGCAUGUUAGAGCCAAAGGCUGGUAUUUUGUCUCUGCAGCCGCUCCAAAAUCUGGAACAAUUGCGGGAGCUAAGCUUGCGCGGAAUUAACAAUAUGGCUCAGCUGGAAUUGUUGCAGCUGCAAGGAUUAAAGCAGCUCGAAACACUCGUGCUGGGGUCCUGUCGUGGCAUGAAAGUUGCGUCGUUCGGCCAACAAGUGUUACCGAGUCUAAAGCGUCUUCGCCACCUGCGCCUCGAAAAUCACCACAGCAAUCGCUCGUUUAACAUUAACGAGAUAAUGGAGGGUCUCGCCGCCGGCGGCAGUGUUAAGCGUGUGGAGCUUAUCAAUGUCAACGUGGAUGCUGACUUCAGUCGUCAGUUGGCCGCUUCUAAAUCAGUGCAGGAACUGCUGCUGAUGCCAAACUUUCAUAACAAUACGGCCUACAUGAUGUAUUAUAUUAUGCAGGCUAUCAAUGAAAACAGCGAACAACUCAACGUUUUCCGUUUGGGUCUAACAUACGAACUGCUAAGCGUCACUCGCGCCUUGGCCAUUAAUCAAGAAAAGGAUUGCAUUCCGGUAGCAUUGCCUAUACCUGGCGUCCCAGACAAUGAUGUACUUAACGAGUCCGACGAGCCAAUUGCUUACUUGCCAGUCGAUCGCCUCGAGUCCAUUCUACACCACAUGAUGCCACAGGCCUGGCUGACAGUCGCUAAGGUCUCCCAGGGCGAGACAACCAAUCUUAAAUUCCUUCCGGCUUUACCGACUGACGCAGCCGGAAUUUCGCAUAAUUAACCUUUUCCACUGCUCCCUUUUUAUACAUUUGUACAU